CUGUGGGGCUCCUGCAGCUCUACAGGGGGGGCUCUAUGGAGAAGGUGAGGGUCAGACCUGGGGUAAAGAGUUCCAGUGUAAAGGCAAAGAGUCCCGUCUCCUGGACUGUGACACCUCAGACAGAGAAAACAACACCUGCCCACCUGGUAAUGCUGUUGGACUCACCUGCUCAGAGCCUGAUGAUGUGAGGCUGGUGGGAGGAGGCAGUCGCUGUGCUGGUGGAGUGGAGUGGUACGACCAGGGAGAGUGGAGGAUUGUGGGAGCUGAUGACAGGGACCAGAAGCAUGUAGCUGCAGUAGUGUGUAGACAGCUGGGUUGUGGCUCCAAUGUUUCAGAACUACCUGGAAACACCACUAGAGGGAUUAGAGUUUUCUGUCCUGAGUCUGAGUCUUCACUGAGGGAGUGUUGGAGAAGUUAUGAUCUCCUUCCUGGACUCACAGUGAUCUGCUCAGAUCUCCUGGUCCAGCCUGAUAUCUUCCUGACUGACCCAAUGGGAGGGGUCUUCAGGGGCCACCAGGGGCCCGAGAUGUUCAGGGGCUACAGCUUCACCAUCACCUGCUCCACUCAGCCACAGUACCCAGGAGGCUCCUUCCUCCUCACGUUCACCAGCUCCAACAGAACCCAGAUCCAGCCAGCUGUCAAUCACUCUGCUGCCUUCCUCUUCCCUGCUGCAGAUGACUCCCACCGAGGGAACUACAGCUGUGUUUAUGACAAUUAUGUUUUCUCUCAUAACUUCUCCUCUGAGAGUGAGCUCCUCUCCCUCACCAUCACAGCCUCUCCUCUGCCAGCCUUCAUCAUCAGACACGUUGUAGUGCUGCUGAUCCUACUGACAGCCAUCACCACCUCCUACCUGUACUACAAGCCCACCAGGAGGCAGAAGAGAGUGAACAGGGUGAGCAGCAUGGAUCUUUAUGUCAAUGCCAUGGAGAUGGUCUCUCUGAGCUCCAGAGCUGAAGCUGGACCGGGAGAGGAGAGAGCAGCCCAGGGGACGGAGUAGGAGUAGAAUUAAUCUGACCCUACAUGCUGAUCUUAGGUCAGUUUUGUGUUUUAAAUCGAUGGUCAGCAUUGGACUGGUGUUUAAAAUGUGGUGACAAACCUGAAGUGGUUCUAAUUUUAAUAACAAGUUCAGAAUGAGUUUAUCUUUCUAGAACCUUGGAAGAAAUCUAAAAGGAGUGACUGCAACCACCAUUAUUCAUUUAGUUUGGUUUUUACCACCAGAGAAACAUGGGGUUUGGGGUAACAUGGGGUUCUGGGUAACAUGGGGUUUGGGGUAACAUGGGGUUUGGGUAACAUGGGGUUUUGGGUAACAUGGGGUUUGG